AUGUCACAGAUCGUGCACAAGACCGCCGGAGGAAACGCUGCAUUUCAUAAUUUCCAUAACGACUAUGCGCACAUUGCGGACCCCAAUGAACGCAGACGCCUUGCGCUCGCAGAGAUCGACAAGGCGCCCUUCGGUUGGUACCAUAUACGCGCUAUCGUUGUAGCUGGGAUCGGAUUCUUUACAGAUGCCUACGAUCUCUUCGCAGUCAACAUGGUGACCAGUAUGCUUGGUGUGGUCUUCUGGCAUGACGCAAAGUCAAAUCCUGGAAAGAUCCCCUCAAAUGCCGACACUGCCAUCAAGGUCUCCACCAGCUCCGGAACCGUAGUUGGGCAGGUCGGAUUCGGUAUCCUCGCAGACAUAGUCGGCCGUAAGCGCAUGUAUGGUCUUGAGCUUAUCUUGAUAAUCUUCGCCACUCUCGCCCAAGCUCUCUCUGCGCAUUCUCCAGGCUGUUCUAUCGUUGGUGUCAUUGUCUUCUGGCGUGUGCUCAUGGGAAUUGGUAUUGGCGGCGACUAUCCUUUGUCUUCCAUUAUCACCUCGGAGUUUGCUACCACCAAAUGGCGAGGAGCUAUGAUGGGAUCGGUUUUCGCUAUGCAGGGAAUUGGCCAGUUUGCCGCCGCCAUGGUCGCCCUUGUUGUCACUGCCGGCUUCAAGGAUUCCCUAAAUACCGCAAAGACGGUUGCCGACUGCGAUGGUGUUUGCGGUCUUGCUGUUGACAAGAUGUGGCGUGUUGUUGUAGGGUUCGGUGCUAUACCUGGAUGUGUCGCUCUCUACUAUCGACUUACGAUCCCUGAAACUCCUCGAUACACCUUCGACGUGUCCCGCGAUAUCAUGAAGGGAGGCUCAGAUAUCAAGGCUUAUGUUUCUGGAAAGCCGGAGGGAACACCCGACGAGAUUACACGCGUGCGAGCGAAGCAGGAGGAUGCCGACCAACUCGAGAUCCCACAAGCAUCAUGGAGAGACUUCAUCGCUCACUACUCCCAGUGGAAGUAUGGCAAGGUCCUCCUCGGAACGGCUGGCUCAUGGUUCAUGCUUGACGUUACGUUUUACGGCCUAGGGCUUAAUAAUUCAAUCAUCCUCACACAGAUCGGAUAUGCCAAAGGAAACGAUGUGUAUGAGAUCUUCUACAACCAAGCAGUUGGAAACUUGAUCAUCACCUGCGCCGGUGCAAUUCCCGGCUACUGGUUUACCGUUGCCACAGUCGAUACCAUUGGUCGUAAGCCCAUUCAGCUCAUGGGAUUCACCAUUGUUACCAUCAUUUUCUGCGUCAUUGGAUUUGCGUAUCACUCUCUCAGUGGCAAAGCCUUGCUUGCCUUGUAUGUGCUUGCACAGUUCUUCUUCAACUUCGGUCCCAACUCUACAACGUUCAUCGUGCCUGGCGAGUGCUUCCCAACACGCUACCGCAGCAGCUCCCACGGCAUCUCAGCAGCAUCUGGAAAGGUUGGAUCUAUCAUUGCGCAAGUGCUGAUUGGGCCUCUGCGAACGCGUGGUGCGACUAAGGACAACGCGUCGCCAUGGCUUAAUCAUGUCAUGCAGAUCUACGCUGCCUUCAUGUUCGCAGGCAUCUUCACUACCUUGCUAAUUCCUGAGACGAAGCGCAAGACUCUCGAACAGUUGGCUGGUGAGGUUGAAGGAACACCGGAGUAUGACCCUGGUAACCUUCGUGUGCAUGCCAGUGGGAAGGGGUCGGUGGAUGCCACUUACUCUGAAUUUGAAAAUAAGGGCGAUAAGCAGGUCUAGAGUGGAGUCUUGAAUGGGCGAUCUGCUGUCUCCUCUGUUAGAGUAGUAUUGGGCUAUGUCGUGGGGCGAGGAUUGUAGCCGUUGCAAUUGCAAGUGGCCGGAUGAUACCCAUCUUGUUUCAGUGUAACAUGCAAUCAGCCUAGGGUAUGCGUCGCGCACGAUAUGAGCGGGUGUCCUCCGACAAAAGCAAAU